AAUGGACUAUUUCCGGCCAAUGGCAAGAUACAUAUCUAGAUGGCCCAAUACAUACCCCAUUGUGUAGGUUUCUGUAUGAAAAAGGUCAGUGUGUCCGCCUUCACCUCUCGUUCCACAGCUUAGCGGCCAAUUUAGAGAUUCGGUUUUUUUAGACUUUAAGUGCUUUCGUUUUCUUUCUUUUCUUCGAUACAGUUUUUUCUUUUUAUAUAAACACGCAGGAUGUACAUGUGAUGGUUUUUGGGACAUUUGAUCUUCUUCACGUUUUCUCCACACGCUUGGAUGCAGACGCUGCAGACCUAUGCAAUAGUUGUGAAUUUACCGGAUGUACCUUGUGCAAUGUCCAAUGUCUGAGCUGAUGUGAAGACCACGUGGCUUGUUAACCACUUGUAAUCUUGAUCACUGUGCUUUAACGCUACUAAGGUGCAUAAUGUAAAAUCGUGGAAUGUGGGGCUGUUUGUUCAUACUAAUAUGGUAAUGGACUGGUUUGUGUGGGAGUUAAAGAACAAACAAGACAAUGUACUAUUGUGUGAUAUUCGCUGAUGUUAAGCUGUCUUAGACAAAGUGUCAUUAUACAGGCGCUUGUGUUUACUCAUCAUUGAAUCACAUGACCUUGGCAUGUUUGUGUUUUUCGCGACGUCUAGUUCAAACCGAACUUAAGUGAAAUUUGUAAAUAUGUUAUCGGCUAUUAUUACAUAUUUCAUCUAGCGUUAAUGCUUUACAUAUGGUUUUUGUUGACCAAGGCUACGCUGCAUUUCUCAUUUGGAUCUGUAUUUGAAAUUUCCUUAGUGUCACAGCAAUGAAGGUCCCCAGGGCACAAAUGCUUCCCAACAGUGAUGAUUCUUUAGAUAUGGAGGAUUUAAUAAUAUUCCCUGAACUUCACUGGACAUCUGAAAAAAGCAAGCAUGCAAAGAAAGAUAGUUCAAAGGAUUCCAAACGCAGAUCUGAACAAGAUGGACCCCCGGAUGAUAUUCAAGCUUUUUUCGGACACCCUCUUACUGCAGCUACGACAGCUAUUAAUGGCGAGGACAGUACAAACGCUUCUGCUGCGGCGCUGUUUCAUGAAUACAUUAACCUACCCGCCAUAGAAAAAAGUGAAUUAAAAAUAGGAGACAAAAUCGAUAUCGAGAAAAUGGCACACAUCUACGAGGAGGAGACGGAAAGUUCACUUAUCAAACGGGAGGAUCCGGCUGUGGUGGUUUUACCGGCGAACGGAACAGAAACGGAUUAUAUGGCCCUUCUUCAUACGGACGUCGACAAAUUCCUUAAUGGCGAAAGUACUCAGCAUAGUCAUCGUGACGAUGAGUUAAAGGAAACCGACAUCGACGACAGCGAUGAAUGUCUAACCAAACAAACAGAAUCAAAAAUUGACAUUCCUCCCGAUUGUCAAACCGAAGAAAGCCAAACUAUGUCUUUAGAAGGUGAUUCUUUGGAAGACACCCCUUUGCUUGAAGGUACAACAGAAGAUGCCUUGAGCGAGGCGCGGAUGGAGACAACCGAUUCACCUUCGUCAUGCUCGGUUCCUUCCGCAAGUCCACCAGCGUAUCCGGCAGAAAGUGCGUCUGUAAGUCCGGAACAGCUUGUACAAUUAGUGCCCUCAGGCGAGGAGGUCUCACUUUAUAAGGACUGCACACCCGUAACUCACGCAAUUACUUCAAUUAGCAGUGUAGAGGUAAAAACAGUUGAUACCUUGUCCACAGAAACUGCCCAAUACAGUGACACUUCGGACAGUGGUUCUUCUGACCAGCCAAAGACAAACGGUGUGACCAAAAGGAUUUCUAAGGCAUUGAACGAGAAAAUUUUAAAGAAACUUAAUCAACAAACUAUGGUGAACAACGUAAACAACUGUGCUAUGGCGGUGUCGUCUGCUUCGUGUAUGAACGGUUAUGUACAGGAUCCUCAGUCCAAUAUACAUGUAGGUAAUAACUUACCUUUAUAUCCGGUGAAGUCGGAAAUCUUACAGGAUUAUUCGCACAUGAACGGAAACGUUUCUCCAGUGGACGACACAUCCAUGUCAAUUUUACCGUUAGAAACGGCCAUUGCAACUUCCGUAAUGACCGAUCAUAUGGCGCAGAGCGCCCCGUCAUCCGUGCUGUGUGAUACGAUAUCGGGGCUACAGAUGCCGGUGAACACUUCGGCUCUUCAGCAUCAGCAGCAGCCUGGACAGUAUACGUAUUCGCCGGGUGUUCAGCCUGUUCAAAUCAUCCAUAAUGUUCACACGACCUACCAGUCGAAUAUUAACACUAACUCGGCUCAUAACGUUACGCCAGUUCGUCAGAACUCUUAUCCUCCAUCCUACCCUAGUACUAACGGAUACAUGUACCCGGCUCUCAGCAGCCCCCCGUCCGAGGGUCAGACCCCGGAAAGAGACUCCAUGCUGGAACGGUAUAUACAACAACAGCAAUAUUUCCACGAGAAUCAGCAGCUGUAUCCGUAUGCGGUCAAGGACAACCAGAAUUACGCCAUGAAAUCUCCGGACAGCGGCUACCAGGAACCAUGUCUCUCGCCCAACAACGUUAAGGCCAUGGCAUACAAGGAUGGGAAUUCCAACUAUCAUGAAGGUGCUGCCAAUGGAAACACUACCGGACAAAAGCGGAGACGGAAGUCGGCCACCACCACCAGCUAUCCAGCAAAAGGAUGUACCUUCUGGCCUGGAAAUGAAAAGGUCAACUACAGUACUACGAUCCCAAAGUUGGACUUGAACACGAGUGGAUACAAGUACAUCAUGGAAACUCCCAUUUCCACGUCUGUCCGUAUGGAGGAGGACCGCAUCACGUAUCUCAACAAAGGACAGUAUUAUGGCCUUACACUGGAGUUCAACGCUGACAGGAUUCCUCAAUGCCAGUUUGCAAAGUCGGUUAUUAUGGUUGUAUUCCGCGACGACAAGUCUUUAGAAGAUGAGCGAAAAGCAUGGGAAUUCUGGCAUUCCAGGCAGCAUAGUUACAAACAAAGAGUCCUUGAUAUAGACACAAAAGAUAGUCAAGGCGUCCUUCCAAGCAGCAUAACGGAAGUUGCUUUCAACGCAGUCGCAGUCAAAUGGAACCCACGUGACUCACCAGUCAAGGUGAAUAUUGCCGUCCACUGUCUUAGUACAGAUUUCAGUAACCAGAAGGGAGUAAAGGGGUUCCCGCUCCACGUACAGAUAGACACAUUUGAAAACCACAAAGAUCCCUAUCCCGUCCAUCGUGGCUACUGUCAAAUCAAAGUUUUCUGUGACAAGGGAGCAGAAAGGAAGACAAGAGAUGAAGACAGAAGACGAACAAACCGAGCCAAGUCGGAUGUGUCUCACUCCUCACGCAAGCGAAAUGAACAGGAAGUAUACUGGCCCCCAUGUGAAAGGUCCGAGUUUUACUCCAUGGCCGAAACACAGACGUUCCCUGUCCUCUUCACGCCGGCCACCGACCAGGAGGAAUCCACCAAGUCUAGUCCCGUAAAUGGCAUUCUGCAAGAUGACGACGGAAACUCCAGUCUGAACAGCAAUGGCGAUUGUCUGGAUGAAUCCAUGUACCCAAUGGCUAAACGACAAAGACGGGACUCUUUUGGACAAUAUGCAGACUACCCAAAAAUCCUUCUGUACGUCCGUGAGCAGCAUGAAACAGUUUUUACGGCCCUGAUGUUACGGACACCGACACUGCAGGGUUUACUACAAUCGGUGCAAGAAAAGUACAGCGUGGCUGCCUCAAAAGUCAAAAGCACGUACAAGCGAUCAAAGAAAGGAAUUCUGGUGAGAAUGGACGACAACAUUGUCCGGCAUUACUCCCACGAAUCCACAUUUAUGAUCGAAAUUAACGAAGUCAACGAGGACAAAGACUAUGAGGUGAUAUUAACAGAAAUUGACCCAAAUUAAAAUGACCAGUACAGCCCCUGGUAACAUACCAACAGUCCCUCACUGUUCCCGCCAUUCCGUUCCCGCCGACGACGAUGAGGAGGAGGAGCCAAGGCUCACGUGAGCGCUUUGAUCUCAGGAAAUCAGCCAAUGGACACAAAGAAAUUCAUUUGAAUGAAUUUAAAGACAAUUUUGUACGAAUUGGACUGAAUAUUAAUUCGUGUUGCGUUUCGUAUGAACAGCAGCAAGAAUAAGGUGGACGCAGCAAUACUCCCAGGCAGUGUCGAGCAAUACCAAUAAGUGGAUCAGCUAGCUGAAUUUUGAUACUAGUCAAACGCACGUGCAAACUGCUGAUGGACAAAUAAUCAAAGGAUGCAUGGGUGCAUAUAUAUAAAUAUAUGUUAACCAAAUAAGGAUCGAAAUCAAGAUACCAUCUUCAUUGUCAUGGAAACAAACCAUUAUAAUAUGCAUACAUAUCCAUUGUUUUUCUCAUGUCUCACAUUGUUAUCUAUUGUUUUCAAAUGAAUGUUUACUGUUACAUAAGUGUCCUCUAUAUUUGCGAGAGAGAUUUUAUAGCAAUGUGUACCAUAAGAUUGCUAAUUAUCUCACAAAUUGUUUGUUGCAUAUAAAACUACAAAAAAUUUAAAAUUAUACAUUAUAUAUAUAUAUUAUAUACAUAUGUUUGAUUUGUAUCAAAAUAUGUUGUUGAAAUGUUAUUUGUACAGAAAUAUUUGAAUACUCAUAAAACACACGUCACAAAAAUGAUAACCCAUGUAUGUCUCUUCUCUUUUCUAUAUACUACUCAUAGGUACUUAUACGAUUUAUAGUAAAGUAUUGAUAUCAACAAAAGGUCCAGUUACUUACCAAGUCAUUUGAAAAUUUAUAGUAUUCUUACGAAUUAUGAAAAUAUGGUUAUUAUGCUGUAACAAAUACGUAAUCCACACAAGUAAUCUGCUAUGUUUUUUUGGCUGUAGAACUACAAACACGUUGGUUGUCGAAAAUUCAGCAAUUAUUAAAAUUUCAAUUAUUUGUUCACAAAUCAAAAAAGAUGGGGAUUGCUGACUAAUACAACGGCCAACUUUAGAAUUUAAAAUUACGGAUACGAAAUGAAAAAAAAAAAUGGCUUUUUGUUACAGUGUAAUUUCAUUUCCUUUAUUACUUAUAAGAGAACAUUGAGAUUUUAAACAAUCGUCACCAAUCAAAGAUUUAAAGGUAAAUUAAGCUAGAAGUUAGACUGAUACACAUGUAAUGACAUCAUUACAUCAAGCGUGCGUUACGGACACAGUGCAAUAUCACCAAGCCGCACUACGAUUGGCUGUUUCAGUUGUAACGUCAUAAUUUUAUGACGUCAUAUGCAUUUGACGUCAUCAAAACAAGAGUCAUGAUACGAAAAUACCGUUAAUUUAGAGUUCAUAUCAGUCUGCUAAAAAAAAAGAAUCAUGAAUAUUUGCAAAAUAUGUAAAUAGAAUCUUAUAUUCGUGUCCCUGUAAUGAAGUUUUUUUUUUCAUUUAGUCUUGUAAAAGUCUCGUAAAAGGAAAACAAAAUGUGUUAGUUCAUAAAUACAGGAGGCAUUGUAGCUUCACGUGAGAUCCUCUGUCUAUGCAAAUUUGUAUCCAAACGUAAUUUUUUUAACCUGGUUAAGCGGCGUGGUAGGUGAUAGUUACCUAUAACUACCACUUAGUUUCAAAACUGACCCAUACUUUGAAAAAAAGCCAAGCUAGAAUCAAAUGAAAUACAAAAACGAAGGGUUCUAAUAAGUAUGAUUUGUUUGUAUGUUGUUUAUAAGAAAUCCAUUGCAAUUUAUAGAAAUAUGUAAUAAGUUAAUAUCAUAGAAAAGUCCAGCUGAUGAGAGGAACUCCGCUAAUGUUCGUUUUUUUUUUCAAGUGCUAACUAAAAGUCGGUGAAAUAAUACCCGGUACAUAUGUUUAUAUUCGUUAAAACUCCAUGUAAACAAACAAUGUUAAAGUUUUGAUUUUGAGUGUUGACACAAAAAAAUAUUUUUCAAUAUUACAUAAAAAGAAAAAUACUUAAAUGUUACAGUAGAUUAGAUUUGUCUGUAGUUUUGAUAAAUUAUUAUAAAAACAAAUAUCUGUGGGUCACAAAGCAAUACAAGAAAUGUAUUUUCCCAUUUUGUUUAAAAUUAUUAUCAUGUACCUUUACGAGACAGUAAAAUGACAAUAUAGCUUGUUUUAUAUAAGGAAAUCGAGUAGUAAUUAUGUUGAAAUUCAUACACUGUUUUUUGCUUUCUGUUGAACAAAAGUUCUUUGUCCGAAUUCUCCAUUGAAAUUCUAUUGUAUGUUAGAUUGUACUUAGAACUAUCAAUGACGUCAUUGACUCCGAUAACCUCUAACCUAUGACGUCAUUAACUCCGCCGACAACCUCUAUGCACUGUACUAGAUAGUCUUAAUCAUCGAUCAUAACGAAAUCUUAAAAGGAUCCGUCGAUUAAAAUAACGUCCAUAUAUUUUUAAAUGUUUUUUCACCCGCUAUAAUGUCCACAUUAAAUUUAAAUGUUUCAGAUAAAUACCGAUACUUUCUUCUAUGUACAUGGCCAUUAUACAACAUAUUGACAUUAAACAUCGACCUUUCUGCAUAAUCAACAUAUCCAAUGUGCAAUGCCUUUAUAUACGGGAAAUGAAGCGUAGCCAUUUUACUUAGGGAGGACUCGCGUUCAUUAGUGUAUGAAUUCGUCAUGAACUCAUGCUGUCAGAUGAUAAUCUGUUUCAUUCAUUAUGUUUAAAUGUAUGACGUCAUGUGAAAUGUAACAUUACAAAUUCGUAUUGAUUGCUAAGCCUUCAUCGUUUGACAAGAAAAUGUGACCGUUAAUUUAUACUUAGCAAGUUUCCUUCUUUUACUGGCCAUAGCUGCAGACCGUAUAUCGAUCAACUCUUUUACCAAAAUUAUCUAUAUUUAGAUAACAAAUGUUAAUCGAUAUAUGGUUUUGAAAUUGUCCACUUACAAGUAAAACUGUUGAAUUGUGUAAACUCCUUAUAUAGCUUUUGAAGGCUCAACAACGAUAUCCGGAGAUUUAUUCAUACAACUGAUCGAUAAAUAUCUAUCUUCAUCAUAACGUUUAUACUUUCAUUAGAUAAUAAUUUGGAUGUUCUAUAAUAGGCCAGUAUAAUCAUUUCUUAUGCCGUUUGGUUUUUCUAGCAAUAGUAUGAAUGGUUUUACGCUAAAUGUUCGUCCAUUGUACUUGCUAACUUUGGUCUUUAUCUCUGAAUCAGGUAUGCGUUUUAUUUCUCGAUUGUGUCACCUGAGAUCGAAUCAGGAUGCCUCUUUCCAUUGUUACGCGAUAAUUCCCUUUAAAUUCAUCAGAUCGGCGUAUCUAGAAUUUCGACAAUACAUAGCUCUCGGAAUGUCUACCCACAUUGUCCCCAGUAUGUUUACAUAUGGCCCUGGCUUAAUCACCAGGGAAGAUGUGCAGUAAUAUAUAAUGUUAACGGUGAUGUGUUUUGAUGUAAACGUUGACGUUGAUGUAAAUGUUGACAUUGAUGUAAAUGU